CUGAUAUAAUUAAAAAUAACAAUUUUGUUCAGUAUAUAUAAAGGUGAUUAUGAAGCUUUAAUUACUUCAUAGUUUCAAGCUGUGGAAGUUGACUAUUUUCAAACAGUUUACCAAAGUUAAGAAUAUCUGCAAUCUACAAAAAUGGCUUCUGAAAAAAAAGUUAAAUUUCCUGAAAAUUUUAUGAUUGGAACUGGAUCCAGUGCGUAUCAAAUUGAAGGUGCAUGGGACGCAGAUAACAAGGCUCCUAGUAUCUGGGAUGAUUAUUUCCAUACUAAAAAAUACGAAAAACCACCAACGGUUACGUUUUCAGCUCCGACGAAAAAUAUUACUGAUUUUCACAAAGGAAGAGAACUCCCUACUUUUUAUUCGGAAUCUACUACGACAUAUAUCAAUGGAGAUAUUGCUUGUGAUUCUUAUAAUAAACUCGAUGAAGAUAUUGACAACUUGAUUGAACUUGGAGUUAAUACGUACCGAUUUUCUAUAAGUUGGCCCAGAGUUUUGCCAGAUGCCGAUGACCGAAACCCAAACCGACUUGGAAUUGAAUAUUACGAAUCGUUAAUUAGUAAACUUAUUGCUAAAAAUAUUACACCACUGGUAACAAUGUAUCACUGGGAUAUGCCGAGCAUUCUUCAAGGUCUUGGUGGGUGGUCGAAUCCAAACAUUAUUGAAUAUUUUGUAAAUUACGCAAAUUUUCUCUUCAGAACAUUUGGCAAAAAAGUCAAAUACUGGACUACAAUUAAUGAACCCAGAUUGGUAGUUAAUGCUUAUGGUAAUGAGCUCUUGGCGCCCAGUAUUGGUGAAAUGUUCAACGGUAUCGCCGAUUACAUGGCCGCUCGCAAUGUGUUGCUUGCUCACGCAGCAGUUUACAGGUUGUACAAGAGAGAUUAUUACGCUGAGCAACAGGGUUAUAUCAGUAGUUUGUGUUUUGACACAAUGGCUUUUUUCCCAAAAAAUCCGGAUUCACUGGAGGACAAAUAUACUGUUUCAAAAGCAUACGAUUUUCUGCUUGGAUUAUUCGCUCAGCCAUUGAUUGACGGCAAUUUUCCAAAAUCAGUGAUAGAUGGUGUUGCUGAAACAAACAAAAUUGAAAAUAUAGCUUUAACGCGUAUCGUCCAAUUUAGCGAGAAAGAAAAAAAAGAUAUCAUAGGUUCUUAUGAUUUUAUUGCUUUCAAUUAUUACGAUUCGGUCAAGGUAACACCAAUGAUCGAAUCAGACUACGUAAAACAGAAAUAUUUACAAAAAAGAGAUUUUGGCGUGGCAUUUGACAUGACAAAUAUAUCCAUGGAAGAUACCUUUAAAGGAUUUACUGAGGUUGUAACUUGGUUUAAGAAAAAAUUUGGCGAUACUACAGAACUGUUUAUUGCUGAAAAUGGCUUUGCUGAGGAAUAUGGUGUAGAUGAAACUGAUAAAAAAAUCAAAUACCACAGUGGCAUUUGGACUGAACUUGAAAAAGCCUUAAACGAUGGCGUUGCUAUUAAAGGGUAUUGUGUCUGGUCGUUUAUGGAUUCGUUGGAAUGGACAAGUGGAUAUUUUAAAAAAUCGUACGGUAUAUAUAAAGUGAACUUUAAAGACCCAAAAAGACCCCGUUCCAAGAAGCCGUCAUUUGCGUUCUUCAAACAUCUAUUCGAAACAAAAUCAUUGCUACCUAUCAAAUCGAGUUUUCAAGCUGUAAGAGUUGACAGGGUCAAACAGUUUACCAAAGUUAAGACUCUGCAAUCUAAAAAAAUGGCUUCUGAUAAAAAAUUUAAGAUUGCUGAUGACUUUUUGAUUGGAACCGGAUCUAGUGCGUAUCAAAUUGAAGGUGGAUGGAAGCAAGAUGAAAAGAGUCCUAGUAUCUGGGAUGAUUAUUUCCACGAUAAAAAUCUCAAAGUCAAAAAUCCAACAAUCGUUAAGUCAGCACCCCGGAAGAAAUACACUAAUUUUCACAGAGGAACAGAUUUGGAACCUUUAGAUGAAACUAAUGAUAUGGAGAUAAUCAAUGGAGAUAUUGCUUGUGAUUCUUAUAAUAAACUCGAUGAAGAUAUUAAAAACUUGGUUGAGCUUGGAGUUAAUACAUACCGAUUUUCUAUAAGUUGGCCCAGAGUUUUGCCAACUGCCGAUGACCGAAACGAAAACAAACCUGGAAUUAAUUAUUACAAAUUGUUAAUUAAAAAUCUUAUUGAUAACAACAUUACACCUGUGGUAACAAUGUACCACUGGGAUCUGCCGAGCAUUCUUCAAGGCCUGGGGGGAUGGUCGAAUCCACACAUUAUUGAAUAUUUUGUAAAUUACGCAGAUUUUCUUUUCAGAACAUUUGGCAAAGAUGUCAAAUAUUGGACUACAAUCAAUGAACCCAGAUUCGUAGCUAAUGCUUAUGGCGAUGAAACAAUGGCGCCCAGUGUUGGUGUGGUGCUCAACGGUUUUGCCGAAUACAUGGUCACUCGCAAUUUGUUGCUCGCCCACGCGGCAGUUUACAAGAUGUACAAGAGCAAGUACUACGACACACAGAAGGGUAAGAUCAGUUUGUGUUUUGACACUGCGGCGUAUUUCCCAGUAAAUCCUAAACUGCAGGCGGACAUCGAUGCUGUUCCGAAAGCAUUCGAUUUUAUGCUUGGAAUAUUCACUGAACCAUUGAAAAACGGCAAUUUUCCGGAUACAUUGUUAAAAUCUAUCGCUGAUACAGACAAACGUGAAAACAUAACUAUAAAGCGUAUCAUUGAAUUUAGCGAGACAGAAAAAAAAGAUAUCAUAAAUUCAUAUGAUUUUAUUGCUUUCAAUUAUUAUGAUUCAUUCAAGGUACAAGGAAUGACCGAUGAUGAUUACAAAAAAGAAGAUUUUUUGCUAAAUAAAGAUUUAAGAGUAAAAGUUAUACCGAAUGCAGCAAACUUGGCAGAUACCUUUCAAGGAUUUACUAAUGUGGUAAAUUGGCUUAAGAAAAAUUUAAACAAACCGGAACUGUUUAUUGCUGAAAAUGGUAUUUAUGAUGCACCGAAUAAAGAAAAUAAUGAAUUAAAAAUUAAAUAUCAUCGUGGAAUUUGGACUGAAAUUGAAAAAGCCAUAGGGGAAGGUGCUGCUAUUAAAGGGUAUUGUGUCUGGUCUUUUAUGGAUUCGUUGGAAUGGUCAAAAGGAUAUUAUGAUAAAUGGUUUGGUAUAUAUAAAGUGGACUUCAACGACCCAAAAAGACCCCGUACCAAGAAACAAUCAUUUGACUUCUUCCAACAUCUUUUCAAAUUCAAAGCAUUACCACCACCUAUUAAAUCUAAUAAAUAAUGUUUCUAUGAAAUUGGUUUAUUUUAGAUUUUUAGAGGACUAAAAUAAUUGUUGGCAUGUAUUACCUAUGUUUAAAUUUUGAUUAAAAUGAUCAGUGUUGUUGAACAAAUAAUAUUAUAAUACACAAAUAAAAAUAUAUUAAAUACAUAAA